UCCUUGUUUUCGCAAAAACCUUUCACCAUGUGACCCAACGCUGCCACCCAUGGCGAUGCGUGCUUCCGCGGUUGGCUUCAUCGACGAUGAGGACCCUCGAACUCUUCGAGAAAGAGAAGGAGCCAGACAGGAGAGGACGGCAUUCUAUACCUUCCUAUGCGGUCUCUCUGCGCGGCUGGCCGUCCUGGUGGCGCAUGGCUUGACCUUCAUCGCUCUUUUUGUUUCACUGCAGGAGAUUUCAACUCAAGAGGCAAACUGGUGGUUGAUUUUUCUUCCAAUAUGGAUUGGAUAUGGGGCCAGUGUGCUGUUGCUGAUCUUGUCCUGGUGUGCUUCUUGCCAGUAUAUCAAGCUCUGCCUUUCAGAGCGCGUCGUACGCAUCAACGACAACCCCAGCAUCCUAACCGAGGUGCUACCACAAAUCGUCACAACCAUUCCCGGGCUUCUCUUUCUGAUCCUGGCAUUUUACACUGAGUUUGACCUUUGUCGGUAUCUGGCGACGUCCCAAGCAGGCGAGGCCAGUUCUUUGACCAGCUGCACGGUGCUGUCUGUGCUCGUUUCACUGCUGUCAAUUUGCCAGGGCACCCUCUUCAAGGACAAUUCCACGCUUUGGAUCUCUCUAGGUGCCGGGCUUUUGGUGUCAUCAAUUUGCUUUGCCAUCACCGGAGGAAACUCAGCUCAGGCGUUGACCAUUAGCCCUUUCAUCCUUGCUGUGGCCGCUCUGCUGUGCGCCUCGGUGUACCGGCUGAGACGAUAUGCUGCAGUGCUGCGCAAAGAGGAGCAGACCUUGCAGCAGGUUGAGGUGGGCUUGCUGGGGAUUCUGUUACUGUCCUUAGCUUCGGUGGCCUACAAAGCGUCAUUGGAGAAACUCACUGAGGCAGGAGUUGAAGGAUGCUUGGCGGGUGUAUGCCUUUGCUUGCUGGCCUUGCCCCGUGCCCAGCUAUGUCUUCGGGAGGCCAAAGAGGGACCUUUGGAAGAUCGGAUGAAGUGGGGCCAGGUUGAUCCGGCGAUGGACAACGAUUCUGAGGUCUAACAAAGAAGCGUUUUGCAGCUCAUGUCUCUUCGUGUUUGGAGAAGAGCUCCGAACAGUGGGACAACAACCUGGGUUGGUCUCAGACACUCGAUGCUUCUAAAAUACACGGUCAAUCCGGACAUGUUCUCGAAGAAACCACCGACUGGUUCUUCAAAGUGACCCAGUGAUCCUUUGAGAUCCCAGAUUGAGGCCACUUAAGCCUCUAAAUGAC